AUGUCUGACUCCUCAUUAUCACCAACUCCCAGACCCUGUUCACGCACAGUAAGCGUCCAACUCCCCGACAUUCUCUCUUCAUGCGUGCCCUUUGAGCUACGCGUAAAUCGACAUUGUAGGUCCGUAUCUCGAGCGAGCGAGGCGUGGCUGUGUGAUGUAGGGUUGAAGUUGGAGUGGAAAGGGAUAAAGGUCGGCUUAUGGGCUUCUUUGUGCUAUCCUGGUGCGGAUCUAUCGCAGUUGAGGUUGGGGGCGGAUUUUUUGAGUUUGUUGGUAUAUGAGCAGGAGCAGGAUGGCUGUACAAAUGAGAAUGAGGUGUUUGAUCUGAUAUCCGAUCGACUCAGUCGCGUCGCGUACAAAAACCCAGCGUGGUACAUGCGUUUCCACCGAUCUAUGCGCAUGUAUCACGAUGCAAGGCGGCGUCUUCAUUCGCUGGAUUCGACGUGUGUCCCAGACCUGGAGACAUACGUCGAUCUGCGAAGAAACGCGUCGGGUUUGAAAAUGGUGUUUCACCUGAUUGAGUACGCGGGGGGGUUAGACCUCCCAGAACGGGCGUCUUCGCAUCCGGUAUUGAAGCAGUUGACAGACCAGGCUUGUGAUCUUAUAGCAUGGUCUGAGGACGCGAUCUCAUGUGCAAAAGGCAUGACUCCAAGCUCGCGAAUCAACAUCGUCACCGUUCUGAUGAAAGACCGCAAUUGUUCGUUCGGGAGUGCGCUUGCGUACGUGGGCACGCUCGUGAAGCAGAGCGCAGAUGGGUUCUUGGCUACUGAGCGCCAGUUCGCUGCGUGUGCUGUGAUGGACGACGAUACGAGGCGGUAUGUGAGGGGGUUGCGGGAUUGUAUUGCUGGGAGUGUGAAUUGGCUGUAUGAGACGGAGAGGUACCUGGGGACGAAAGGGAAUGAGGUCAGGGCGUUUGGAUGGGUGUUUGUACCUGUCUUAGAUUGA